UUAGCUUUAAAUCCACAUUCGUUACUGCCUUCAACCAUUGACAUCCCUACUGCGUAAGGCGGGCCGUCACAGGCAAAAUACUAAGAAUAUGUGCUUCCAUUACUUCUUGACUUCUAUAAGAAGAUUCCUAGCUCGACAAUUCAACAAGAUAAUGCCCCAGCGCAUACAUCGAAGUCUUCCAAGGCUUGGAUCCAGGAGCAUUUUCCUACCGGCGUUGUGGUCGAUUUUCCACCUCGGAGCCCCGACCUUAAUCCUGUUGAGAAUGUCUGGCCGUGGAUGAAGCGGUGGAUUGAAGAUAAUAGGCCCCGUGCUACUGGUAAGGCAUUGAUCGAAGCUAUAAAGGAAGCUUGGGCUGCUGUACCGACCGAGAUGCUACGGAACUGUGCCAGAUCUAUGAAGCAGAGAGUGGAAGCGGUGAUUGCGGCUGGUGGAGAUUUUAUUGGAAACUACACUCCGGGCGUGUAUUUAGCGAAGUACUGAAAUAACAUUAUUAUGCACCACAACUGUAG